AGUCUAACCCCGAUUCCAUAUAAAAAUUAAUCCAAACAAUUUUAAUUUGGAUUAAAUUUAAACUCGCUUAAAGUGUAAACAAACAAGCAUGGAUUCGAAAGACUUUAAAAUUAAAAAAGAGUUAAAAAGAAAAAAGCGUCAAGAAAAGUUGAUAAAAGAAGCAGAACACUAUGAAGCUGUGAAAAAAGCGAAAAUUGUUCAAAAAGAACAAGAAAAAAUUCAAAAGAACAUAAAAUAUGUUUCCACAGUUUCAAUUGCUAUUUCUGGAUCAAUUCUUGAUAAUGCACAAUCUCCUGAACUUAGAACAUAUCUGGCUGGACAAAUAGCUAGAGCUGCGUGUAUCUAUAAUAUCGACGAGAUUGUGAUAUUUGAUGACCAACCUACCGGAAAUGUAACAACAACGAGAAUGCAAACAUUAGAAACGACCGACGGAGUUAAAACUGCAAGAACCUGUUGUAUUCAAUUUGCUCGAAUUCUCCAAUACCUUGAAUGUCCACAAUAUUUAAGAAAGUUCUUCUUCCCUCUUCAUAACGAUUUAAAGUUUUCUGGUCUUUUGAAUCCUCUUGAUUCUCAACAUCAUCUUCGUGCUACUUCUGAAUUUAUUUAUCGUGAAGGAAUCACGACAAACAAACCACAUCCAAAAGGAUCAUUUGUAAAUGUUGGACUUCUAAAUGAUGUGUUGGUCAACAAACAACUUGCAGAGAAUCUUCGCGUAACAGUUAAGUUACCACCUAACACAGAACUGAAGUCAAAAAAAUUAAGAGGAAUUGUUGUGUCACCGUCAGAACCUCGUCGAGCUACAGGAAUUUAUUGGGGAUACAAUGUGAGAGUUGCCAAUUCCAUUUCACAAGUUUUCUCUCAAUCGCCUUAUCCUGAAGGCUACGAUGUUACAAUCGGCACAAGUGAUAAAGGAGAAAAUGUUCAAGAAGUUGAAACGAAGUCGGUAAAGUUUAAUCAUUUGUUGAUAGUUUUUGGUGGACUUCUCGGAUUGGAAAAUGCUGUGGAAAAUGAUGACGAGUUGAAUGUUGAUGACCCAAGUUUACUUUUCGAUCAUUACUUUAAUGUCGUUCCCCAACAAGGUUCAAGAACCAUCAGAACAGAAGAAGCUGUGCUUAUAACAUUGUCAAGUUUAGCUGAAAAGAUUGAGCCAAUGAACGCCCCACCUGAAUUCAAACUCAAGGACUUAAUAGCACAAAGUGAAGAUACUGGCAAUGUUCAAACAUUUCGAGAACCAAUGAAAAGGAAAAAUAAAAUUCAAAAGAAGAAGAAAGAAAUUUCUGAUUGCUCCGGAGAAUCUUCUGACAAUAAUUAUUCUGCUAAUGAUAACGAUAUGAGUCGCUUUGAUUAAACUUUUUAAUUAAAUAAAUAUUUGAAAUAAAAACUAA